AUGGUGGUGACGGCGAUUCAGGAGACGAGCGCGGACGGCGGGUAUAAGCGCGGAUGGGUCGAGCGGAUUCCCCGCCGUCGCCGGCAGGUACGCUUGUACCACCUGUACGUGAGCUACGCGUGCCCCUGGGCGUGUCGCUGCCUCAUGGCGCUCAAGCUCAAGGGGCUCGAGGACGCCAUUUCCGUCAUUUUACGUGGGGGUGAUUAUAGUGACCGGUGUGGCAGCGCACGAGGGAGGGCGAGGACCACGUGGGCUGGCCGUUCGUGGCGCCAAGGGGGGAGGCGGAGGUGGCAGGGGCGGAGAGCGACACUCAUUCCCCUCUCCGCUGCUGCUUUCCCCCAUUCCCCUCUCAUCCCAGGUGGUAGAGCCAGUGUGGUAGCGCACGAGGGAAGGGGAGGACCACGUUGGCUGGCCGUUUGUGCCGCCGGGGGGAGAGGCGGAGGUGGCAGGGGCGGAGAGGGACCCUCAUCUUUCCCUCAUUCCCCUUCCCCUCUCCCCUGCUCGCGUUCUCCUGCUCUUAUUCUCGCCCUCUUCUCCCAGGUGGUGGAGCCUGUAUGGAAACGCACGAGGGAGGGGGACGACCACGUGGGCUGGCCGCUCGUGGCGCCGGGGGGAGAGGCGGAGGUGGCAGGGGCAGAGAGCGACACUCAUGUCCAUUUCCCCCUUCCCAUACUCUCAUUCCCCUGCUCCCACCCUCUGUGUUCCCCUAUUCUUCAAACCCUCUCUCAGGUGGUGGAGCCUGUAUGGAAACGCACGAGGGAGGGGGACGACCACGUGGGCUGGCAGUUCGUGGCGCCGGGAGGGGAGGCGGAGGUGGCAGGGGCAGAGACCGACCCUUUGAACGGAGCCCUUUUCCUGAGGGACGUGUAUGAGAAGGUGGACCCCUGUGCCGCCAAGUUCAUUGUCCCUGCGGAGGUGGCAGGGGCAGAGAGCGACCCUUUGAAUGGAGCCCUCCUCCUGAGGGACGUGUAUGAGAAGGCGGACCCCUGUGCCGCCAAGUUCAUUGUCCCUGUAACUGUGAAUGGCACGGCGAGAGGAGAGGCGGAGGGGGCAGGAGCAGAGAGCGACACCCUUAACGGAGCCCUUUUUCUGAGGGAGUGUAUGAGAAGAAUAGAGAGUGUCCCGCUCAGCAGAGCUCUCUUCCAGAGGGACGUGUAUGAGAAGCCUUUAGUGGACCCCUUUGCCGUCAAGUUCAUCGUGCGUGUGAGUGGUGGGAGUGGGUGUGGCUGGGUGUGGCUGGGUGUGGCUGGGUGCGACUGGGUGGGUUGCUUCCAACACUAUCGGCGGAGGUGGCAGGGGCAGAGAGGGACCCCCCUGAAUGGAGCUCUCUUCCGGAGGGACGUGUAUGAGAAGGUCGACCCCUGUGCCGCCAAGUUCAUUGUCCCUCAAACAAGCACCAUAGUGAACAACGAGAGUGCGGAGAUCGUGCGAAUGCUCAACUCGGAAUUCAACGCCAUAGCCAAGCACCCUCAGGUGGACCUUAACCCGCCCCACCUGCGAGCAGCAAUCGACGUGGUGGACCUUUACCCGCCCCACCUGCGAGCAGCAAUCGAUGAGGUGAACGAGUGGGUGUAUCCGGCAAUCAACAACGGCGUGUAUCGCUGCGGCUUUGCCAAGAAGCAAGGCCCAUAUGAAGAGGCGUUCAAGGAGCUCUUUGCUGCUCUCGAUCGCUGUGAGGACAUCUUGUCUCGCCAGCGCUACAUUGCAGGAGACACUUUCACAGAGGCUGACAUUCGCCUGUUUGUCACUCUCAUUCGAUUCGACGAGGUGUACGUGGUUCAUUUCAAGUGUAACCGCAAUUUCAUCCGCGAAUUCCCCAACCUCUUCAACUACACCAAGGAAAUUUACCAGCUGCCCGGAAUAGCCUCUACAGUGAACAUGGCGCAUAUCAAGUCUCACUAUUUCAGAAGCCACCCUUCCAUCAACCCCUUUGGCAUCAUUCCUAUGGCUGGGCGUUCUCGGUGCCACGUCAACAGCGGCGCCAACUGCGGCGCCAUCUGCUACGUUUCCUUCCUACCCUUUUCCAGUCCCCUCCCUCCUCUCCAGUACCCCUCUUCCCCCAACCCAUCCAUUUCUCCCCCCAUAUUCCCCACUAACCACUCCCCUAUGUACCCUACCCAAUACCUACCCCUCCUCCAAAAUCUCCUCUCCCCCACUUGGGGAGAGAGAGAGGCCCACGUGGGGGGAGAGAGGCCCACGUGGGGAGAGAGAGGCUCACGUGGGGAGAGAAGCGCAGCUUCUGUCUCAGUUAUGUUUCUGUCCUUCCCUUGUCAUUCUCCUCUUCCCUGGGGCAAGAAAAGCGCGCUUCUUCAGUCUCAGCUACCUUUCUGUCCUUCCCUUCUCAUUCUCCACGUCCUCCCAGCAUUCCAACGAAUAGAUGGAGUUCUGCCCCACGUGUGCCAACAUGCUGCUGGUGGAGCAGGCGCACAUGGGGCGAGAGUCGCGAUUCUCUCACCUGCUUCCCAAUCCUUUCCUUCUACUUCCCCUUGUGCUAUCAACGCAACAGCGCGUCUAGAUGGAGUUCUGCCCCACGUGUGCCAACAUGCUGCUGGUGGAGCAGGCACACAUGGGGCGAGAGGCGAGGUUCUUCUGCGCCAACUGGUGGUGCAAAAGGAGGUGGAUGACGUGUUGGGAGGGGAGGACGCGUGGAAAAAUGUCGACAAAACCGAAGCGUCAUGUCCCAAGUGUGGUCAUUCGCAAGCGUUUUUCAUGCAAAUCCAAACCCGAUCGGCUGAUGAGCCCAUGACAAUAUUUUACAAGUGCUGUAACAUGAGGGUCCGCGCUUGCAGCCUUAUCCCCGCCGCAAAUCUCGCGGUGAUACUCUCGCCGGGUCUUUUCCGCAGUCACGCGCGCAUCGCGCAGCGCAUUGCACGCGAGCGGAAACAUGGCGCGCGCGCGCGGAUCUGCGCAUAUCCAAGUGCUGUUCGUUCUCCUCGCGCUUCUCGUCGCCCCAUCCCUAGGGAAGUCGCCGCCGCCUCCGCCCCACAAGCCCCCCCCUCCCCCCGACGCCUCCCCUCCAACCAGCGCCUCCCCUCCAACCAACGCCUCCCCUCCAACCAGCGCCUCCCCUCCAACCAACGCCUCCCCUCCAACCAGCGCCUCCCCUCCAACCAAGGCCUCCCCUCCCCCAACCAAGGCCUCCCCGCCCCCUCCUCCCCCAGUCGCUGCACCCGCUCCGGAGCCUACUCUGUCCCCCUCCCCAACGCCCGCGCCGGCCCGAACGCCCGCGCCUUCCCCAACGCCCGCGCCUUCCCCGACGCCCGCGCCCUCACCGACGCCCGCGCCCUCACCGACGCCCGCGCCCGCGUUCAUCGAUUCGCCCAUCGCUCCGCCCAUCCCUCCCCCUGUCCCCGCUCCGCAACCCGCGCCCGCGCCUGCCCCCACUCCAUCCUUGCCCCCCGUUCCCCCGCCCACGCCACCCCCCGAGAUCUCUCCGCCCACGCCUUCCCCCGAGAUCUCUCCGCCCACGCCUUCCCCCGAGAUCUCUCCGCCCGCGGCGCCCCCAGUUGA